AUGCAGAAGGGGAUCCGGCUGAACGAUGGCCACGUCGCGUCCCUGGGGCUGCUGGCGCGCAAGGACGGCACGCGCAAAGGCUACCUGAGCAAACGGAGUUCGGACAACACAAAAUGGCAAACCAAGUGGUUCGCACUGCUGCAGAACCUGCUCUUCUACUUCGAGAGCGACUCGAGCUCGCGGCCCUCUGGGCUCUACCUGCUGGAGGGCUGCGUCUGCGACCGCGCGCCCUCCCCCAAGCCUGCGCUCUCAGCCAAGGAGCCGCUGGAGAAACAGCAUUAUUUCACGGUGAACUUCAGCCACGAGAACCAGAAAGCCUUGGAGCUGAGGACAGAGGAUGCAAAGGACUGUGACGAGUGGGUGGCCGCCAUCGCUCAUGCCAGCUACCGGACGCUGGCCACUGAGCACGAAUCGCUCAUGCAGAAGCACCUGCACCUGCUGCAGAUCGUGGAGACGGAGAAGACCGUGGCCAAGCAGCUGCGGCAGCAGAUCGAGGACGGGGAGGUCGAGAUCGAGCGACUGAAGGCAGAGAUUGCGUCCCUGCUCAAGGACCACGAGCGUGUCCAGUCCACCCAGACCACCGCCCCCAACGACGAGGACAGCGACAUCAAGAAAAUCAAGAAGGUGCAGAGCUUCCUGCGCGGCUGGCUGUGCCGGCGCAAGUGGAAGACCAUCAUCCAGGACUAUAUCCGCUCGCCGCACGCCGACAGCAUGCGCAAGCGCAACCAGGUGGUGUUCAGCAUGCUGGAGGCCGAGGCCGAGUACGUGCAGCAGCUGCACAUCCUGGUCAACAACUUCCUGCGCCCGCUGCGCAUGGCCGCCAGCUCCAAGAAGCCCCCCAUCACGCACGACGACGUCAGCAGCAUCUUCCUCAACAGUGAGACCAUCAUGUUUCUACACCAGAUCUUCUACCAAGGCCUGAAGGCCCGUAUCUCCAGCUGGCCCACGCUGGUCCUGGCCGACCUGUUCGACAUCCUGCUGCCCAUGCUGAACAUCUACCAGGAGUUCGUGCGCAACCACCAGUACAGCCUGCAGAUCCUGGCGCACUGCAAGCAGAACCGCGACUUCGACAAGCUGCUCAAGCACUACGAGGCCAAGCCGGACUGCGAGGAGAGGACGCUGGAGACCUUGAUCAUGCACGACGAGGUGAGCGAGACAGAGAACAUCCGGAAAAACCUGGCCAUCGAGCGCAUGAUCAUCGAGGGGUGUGAGAUCCUGCUGGACACGAGUCAGACCUUCGUCAGACAAGGCUCCCUCAUCCAGGUGCCUAUGUCCGAGAAGGGCAAGAUCACCCGGGGGCGGCUGGGGUCGCUGUCCCUGAAGAAGGAGGGCGAGCGGCAGUGCUUCCUGUUCUCCAAGCACCUCAUCAUCUGCACCCGGGGCUCGGGCGGGAAGCUGCACCUGACCAAGAACGGUGUGGUGUCCCUCAUCGACUGCACCUUGCUGGAGGACGCGGAGAGCACGGAGGAGGAAGCCAAAGGGUCCGGCCAAGACAUGGACCGCCUGGAUUUUAAGAUCGGGGUGGAGCCGAAGGACUCCCCGCCCUUCACGGUCACCCUUGUGGCCUCGUCCAGACAGGAGAAGGCAGCGUGGACCAGUGACAUCAGCCAGUGCGUGGACAACAUCCGAUGCAACGGGCUCAUGAUGAACGCCUUUGAGGAGAAUUCCAAGGUCACGGUGCCGCAGAUGAUCAAGUCCGACGCGUCCCUGUACUGCGACGACGUGGACAUCCGCUUCAGCAAGACCAUGAACUCCUGCAAGGUGCUGCAGAUCCGCUACGCCAGCGUGGGCCGCCUGCUGGAGCGGCUGACGGACCUGCGCUUCCUGAGCAUCGACUUCCUCAACACCUUCCUGCACUCCUACCGCGUCUUCACCACGGCCGUCGUGGUGCUGGACAAGCUCAUCACCAUCUACAGGAAGCCGAUCAGCGCCAUCCCCGCCAGGUCACUGGAGCUCUUGUUCGCCAGCGGCCAGAACAACAAGCUCCUGUACGGUGACCCCCCGAAGUCCCCACGUGCCACCCGCAAGUUCUCCUCACCGCCUCCGCUGACCAUCACCAAGACAUCCUCGCCCAGCCGCCGGCGGAAGCUCUCCCUCAACAUCCCCAUCAUCACAGGCGGCAAGGCCCUGGACCUGGCCGCCCUGGGCUGCAGCUCCAACGGCUACACCGGCGUGUAUUCGGCCAUGUCGCCCUUCAGCAAGGCCACCCUGGACACCAGCAAGCUCUACGUGUCCGGCGGCUUUACCAACAAGAUCACAGACGAGGGGGACACGACCAGCGAGAAGCCGGAGGACCCCUCGGCCCCCAGCAAGCAGAGCUCUGAUGUCUCCAUGAGGGAAGAGUCAGACACCGAUGACAACCAGAGUGACGACGGCGACACGGAAACAUCGCCCUCCAAGUCGCCAACGACGCCGAAGUCCAUCAAGAGCAGAAGCCCCUCAGAGUUCCCGCUCUUCUCCUACAAUAACGGGGUCGUCAUGACCUCCUGUCGCGAGCUGGACAAUAACCGAAGCGCCCUGUCGGCAGCCUCCGCCUUUGCCAUAGCGACCGCAGGCGCCAACGAGGGCACCCCAAACAAGGAGAAGUACCGGAGGAUGUCCCUGGCCAGCGCAGGCUUCCCCCCCGACCAGAGGAACGGGGACAAGGAGUUCGUGAUCCGCCGGGCGGCCACCAACCGCGUCCUCAACGUGCUGCGCCACUGGGUCUCCAAGCACUCUCAGGACUUUGAGACCAAUGAUGAGCUCAAGUGCAAGGUGAUCGGCUUCCUGGAGGAGGUCAUGCACGACCCUGAGCUCCUGACCCAGGAGCGGAAGGCUGCGGCCAACAUCAUCAGGACGCUGACACAGGAGGACCCAGGUGACAACCAGACCACACUGGAGGAGAUCAUGCAGAUGAUCAGUAACUUGAUUGCUUCAGAAAUCGUCCGUAACGAGGACGUCACCGCCAGGGCGAGCGCCAUCGAGAAGUGGGUGGCCGUGGCCGACAUAUGCCGCUGCCUACACAACUACAACGCCGUGCUGGAGAUCACCUCGUCCAUGAACCGCAGCGCCAUCUUCCGGCUGAAAAAGACGUGGCUCAAAGUCUCCAAGCAGACGAAAGCUUUGAUUGACAAGCUCCAAAAGCUUGUGUCAUCAGAGGGCAGAUUUAAGAAUCUGAGAGAAGCUCUGAAAAAUUGUGACCCGCCCUGUGUCCCUUACCUGGGGAUGUACCUCACCGACCUGGCCUUCAUUGAAGAGGGGACACCCAAUUACACGGAGGACGGCCUGGUCAACUUCUCCAAGAUGAGAAUGAUAUCCCACAUCAUCCGAGAGAUUCGCCAGUUUCAACAAACGGCCUACAAAAUAGAACACCAAGCAAAGGUGACCCAGUAUCUGCUGGACCAGUCCUCAGUGAUGGACGAGGAAAGCCUCUACGAGUCUUCUCUCCGGAUAGAGCCCAAACUGCCCACCUGA